UGUGUCCUAUAUAAGCUAGCAUUCCCCUCCAACAUUUCCUAACAAAAACAAAUAGAAAACCAAAGAAGCCCACUUGCUCCUUUCUUUCAUAUUUGGUUUUUACUGAGUCUUGAGAGGAAAAGAUGAAGAACCCAAGCACCCAUUUCAUCUUCUUUUGUGCUCUCCUUUUCCUACUUACCUUUUAUUCAGUCCCAACAACAUCACGAGAAGUUGAGGAUGAAAGGGAGUUUGAUUAUGUGAAAGGGAGUGGUAAGGGGCCUGAAAAUUGGGGAGAUAUACAUGAAGAAUGGGCGAUGUGUAAGAAUGGAGAUAUGCAGUCUCCGAUCGAUUUGCUGCAUGAAAGAGUACAAGUAGUGUCCCAUUUAGGGAGAUUAAGAAGGCGUUACAAGCCAUCCAAUGCAACGCUCAAGAAUAGGGGACAUGAUAUAAUGAUGGAAUGGGUUAAUGGGGCAGGAUCAAUUUACGUCAAUGGAACUGAAUAUGUAUUACAACAAUGCCACUGGCACUCUCCUUCAGAACACACCAUCAAUGGCAAGAGCUAUGAUCUAGAGGUGCACAUGGUUCAUGAGAGCUCUAACGGACAAAUAGCCGUGGUUGGAAUCGUGUAUAAAAUUGGCCGACCGGACUCAUUUCUCUCAGAGCUGAUGGGACAUAUAAAAUCUGUUGCGGAUAUGCAUGAAAUGGAGAGAAAUGUGGGAGUGGUUAAUCCAAAGCAUUUAAAGAUGGGAAGUAGGAAGUAUUACAGAUACACAGGAUCUCUCACUACCCCUCCUUGUACACAAGGCGUAGUUUGGACAAUCGUUAAAAAGGUGAGGACUGUUUCCAGAGAGCAAGUGAGGUUACUAAGGAUGGCCGUCAACGAUAAUGCAGAGAUGAACGCAAGACCAACACAACCAAUCAACGAAAGGGAAAUUCAACUCUACACUCCAAGGCUUCGCUAUAUUGAUGGCGCACAUUAUUGACGGCGUACAUUAUUGACUUCAAUGGGGAAAAGAUUUAUAACUUAGAAAUAUUCUUUACUAUCAUAGGUUUAAACAUUAUAUGUUCUUUUUUGUAUUUCAAUAAUACGGAGGGAUUUUUAUAUCUCAUUGUAAACGCAUUACAUUGGUUUAUGACUUGAAUGGGGAAAAGAUUUAUGACUUAGAAAUGUGGUUUACCAUCAUAGGUUUAAUCAUCAUAUGUUCCUUCUUGUAUUUCAAUAACAAACAUGGAUUUUUAUA